AUGAGCAAUCCCUACCUCUUUGCCAGAUUUGACGGGGCCGUGAUCGAUGCAAAGCCAUGGGGUCAUGGCCAGCUGUCUUUGGAGCAUGCCUUUCCUGAAGCACCCCAGACUGAAGCGGAAAGGGAUCUUGAAAGGCUCCAGGGCUGCCACCCACUCGCCAUGGGCCACUUCGCAAACCACCCAGGAAAGGGAAUGCGCCCCAACGUCAUGGUUGCUCCCCUCGAUCUGUCCUUCUCACCCACCAUGCCCAACAAACACAGACGCCUGCGUGCAUACAUCCCCAAUCUUACCUUCUACGAGCGUGGCACAGAGCCACGGGUCAGCGACGACAUCAUGGGCGCGGUGCUGAUCGCCCUCAGAGAUUUACGCGAUGAGGAGGUGUUUCUGAACUAUCGGCUGACGCCUCAUGUGUCGAGGCCGGAGUGGUAUGAGCCCGUGGAUGUGGAGGAAGAGUGGCGGAGAUGGGCCUGA